AUGGCUGACGACGAGGUUGCGGCGCUUGUGGUCGACAACGGCUCCGGCAUGUGCAAGGCUGGCUUCGCCGGCGACGACGCGCCGCGCGCGGUCUUCCCCUCCAUCAUAGGACGGCCGCGUCAGCCAGGCGUGAUGGUCGGGAUGGGGCAGAAGGACUCCUACGUGGGAGAUGAGGCGCAGUCCAAGCGUGGCAUCCUGACGCUCAAGUACCCGAUCGAGCACGGCAUUGGCGCUAGGUGG